AUGACUCGUAUUGAUACAUUCCAUGGAAUGGUUGUUUCAAAAUACUUUUCCUCAAUGAUCGACUUUAUCAAUUUCACUCUUGUGAACACAAAAUUUAAAGACAAUAUGGAUAUGUUCCAUGCAAAUCCAAUACCUCUCACUCUCAAGACUUUUAAAUUCUUUUCAAAGAUAGAAACACUCAAUUUAUGGUCUGAAGAAGACGAAUCUUUUGGAAACACAAUCCUCAUCGCUUAUAAGCCAAAAGUAGUUUAUGAUGAAUACAAUGACGAAGACGAAGUAAACGAUGACAAUGAAGAACCAAACUGUGGAACUGACGAUUGUGGUGAUGAUCACGUCGAGCUUCCACAGCAAAAUAAUGAAGAAGUUGUUGAAAACGAAACAGAGAAAACAAACGAAGAGAAUGACCAACCGAAUGAUCAAAACGAAGAGAACAAUUGGAAUGACCAAGAUGAAGAAAUCGUACAACAAAAUAUCGAAACAACCAAUUGUUGUGAUGUUCAGCCAAACUUCUCAUCACAAGAAAAUGGAGAGAUUGUUGAUAAUCAAGAAGAAAGAACAAAUGACGAGAGUAAUGAAGAUGUCAUUGAACAAACAACAAAUCAAAAUGAAGAAGAAAACGUUGAAGUUGAUGUUGAAGAAGAAAUUGAUGAAAUCGAAGAAAUCAAAAUAGAGUACAGACAGACAACUUCUCAAAUAACAGAUGCAACUCAAAAAGUCAAGUUCUUUAAUAUAAACGUUUGGUUCAAUGUCAAUUACCACACUACACAGAAAGAAGAGAACAAAAUGUUCACAUUUAAAAAUGUCACAUAUGAAAGCUACGACCGUAAGAUUUUUGGUAUAGCAAUUCCUGAAUGUGUCAAUUCUCUUGGUGAAUCUUGUUAUACUAAUACAAAGAAGAUGACUACUUUUGUUGUUCCACAAAACAUUUUGGCUAUUAAAUACUUCUGUUUUAAUCGUUGUGGUAAUUUGACAUCAUUUGAAUUUCCAAAGUUUGUCAACCACAUUGGUAGAAGUUGCUUUGAAGGGUGUAGUUCACUUGUAACUGUUAAACUUCCACAAAACAUUGAAGUUCUUCCAGAUAAUAUGUUCAAUGGAUGUGAAAAACUUUCAGCGAUAGAAAUACCAGAAAGUGUGACCAAAAUCGAGUCGACCUGUUUUAUGAAUUGUCGUGCACUUUCUGCUAUCAAAUUACCUUCAAAUUUGGUUGAAUUAGAAAGUUUUUCAUUCCAAUUUUGUGAUUCGAUAACUUCAAUUCAAUUCACAGGGAAAAUGAAGAAAAUUGGACAAAAUGCGUUUUAUGGGUGUUAUGAUUUGAUUGAAAUGACUAUUCCAGAAGGUAUCGAGUGCUUGGGAAAUUGCUGCUUUUGUGAGUGUAGAAAUUUGAGUAAAGUUGCGAUACCGGAAACGGUGACCAAAAUAGAAGAUGCAUGUUUUUCAGAGUGUUAUGCGUUGGAACAAAUCAAUAUACCCAAAAAUGUGAAGGAAAUUGGAACUGAUGCUUUUCAGUUGUGCAACAGUUUGGAAAAUAUAGACAUUCCUGAAGGAGCAACUUUAAUUGGAGAAAGAGCCUUUCCAAAUACAGUAAAGAUCAACAGAUAUUAA